AGUUAGAUAGCGCACUGGGGGAGGGGGUGUGGCUUGUAGGUGCGCCUCACGGACCGAGCUCUGAUUGGUUGUCUGUCAGGGUAAACGGCACGCGUCCCUGGAUGUCGCCAUUAAAGACCCUCGCGUGCCGUUUCUUCAACUAAAAGUAAGUGUAAGGCCUGAGCAGCGACCACAGAGCGUGUUCACAAAGAAGAUACAAACUGGCAUUGUUUCCGCAAGCAGAGAUGGACAGUGUCCUGGAUCCUUUCUCCGGACUCGAAUCGUUCUCCUCCCCGCCUUAUUUCGACGAUGAAGAGUUCUUCACCGACCAGUCCUCCAGAGACGGACACUUGGACACUGAUGACUUCUUAGAUGAUGACGUCGAUUUCCUCACCAGUCAUUUUCAAGACUAUUACAGCAAAGACGUCAAUGGGAGAGUGGCGCAUCGCGACGUUGACGUCGAUAUCGGCAACUUGUCCUUCUCCUCCUCCUCCUCCACGUUCUCCUAUGGCUGCGCCGACAGCACAUCGGACCUGUCGCCUCAGAUGGGUCAUCACGGCGGAGCUUUGCUGAAGCGGAGGAGGCGAAUGAGAUCUGAGAGGGAGAUGCAGCAGCUGAGACAAGCGGCCAAUGUCAGAGAGCGGAGGAGGAUGCAAUCCAUCAAUGACGCGUUCGAGGGGCUGCGCUCCCACAUCCCGACCCUGCCCUACGAAAAAAGACUCUCCAAGGUGGACACUUUGCGACUUGCGAUCGGCUACAUCAACUUUUUGGCCGAGCUCGUGCAGUCCGACCUGCCCAUUAGGAACUCCUGCAGCGACACUCAAGCACAACCCAAAAAGGUCAUCAUCUGCCACAGAGGAACGAGAUCUCCCUCUCCCCGCGACCCGGACUACGGCCUGCCUCCUUUAGCCGGUCACUCUCUUUCGUGGUCGGACGAAAAACAACUCCGGGAGCAGAACAUCAUUCGCACCGCGAGGGUCUGGACCCCGGAGGAUCCCCGAAAGCUCCACAACCAGCCAGGCCUCACUGACAUUGAAAACGAGCCUCCUUCAGGACUGGUGCCGUAGACAGACACUGGAACCUCAAAUGUAAAGACAUUGUAAAAAUGUGAAUUUCCUGUACAGCGCUAUGUUUUAUCACGUUGAUAAAUUAAUUUUUGUAAUUCAGGCAAAUGGCAAUCAUGUAUUUAUUUUUUCAGUGCUAAUAUAUGUUAAUUUAAUAAAUGUCAGAAACAUAUUUUUAUACUGUUGUACAAUGAUUUAUAUUUAUCUUGUAUUUGCUAAUAAAACCAGAUGUAAAG